GGUCACACAGUAAGCUUGCUGUGUCUUUGUCAUUCCUCACUGAAUUCCUCCUGUUAUUUUGAGCCUCUUUGACAUUUUGCCAGCAGUGCUGCUAUAGCUUUGUUUAGUGGAGCGGACUUUAUUGGUGUUUGCAUAGGAAUUUCUGGGAGUUAGUAUGUAAAUGUGGUAGUAGUGUUCUUUGCACCUUGAAUAUGAGUGCCAGCCACUCUUCUCAGUAUUUAACUAAAUCACACAACUCUUCAGAGUGGGAUGCUGUGUUUUAUCUGUGUUGGUCUGGUAGGAGACCUCGAAGCCACCCUAGUGAUGUAACACUGUAAAAUAAGAUGUGCUGGAGCAUCUGAGGCCAUGAUGAUAGUAAUAUUGGCAGUGUAUCUCUGGAACUCCUAAUAGGUGUCGUCGUGUUGCUGUUUACCAGUACUCUUGGAUAUGAUAGUCACUCCAGCCUGUACGAUAUAGGUUGUUCCAAACAUGCCACAGCCCUCCUUCCUUGACUUGUCUGCCAAAGUACCUGAGCAGAAGUCGUCACGGGAAGUCAUGUGCCAAGGUCUUUAUAUUGGGCAUAGACAAUUAUAGUAAGAGCAGUCUGCAAGACACUGAUCUAAUCUACCCUUUUGCACUUGUUACCGUUCUUAUGGCCCAUACAACCUGUUUUCAGUCCUUCGUUUCUUUUCCCAUUUAUUUCAUAAACAGCCAGAUUAAAGUCCUGACUACCCAGAUGAUUCUGUUUGUCCUAGAUUUUAAUGUUGCUUCCAGAGUCUUCUAGACUAAUCUGAGUAGUUUUUACAAUGGAUUCUCUUGGAAGCACCUGGGGUAUGGUAAGGAUUUGAAUAGGAGCUGUCGGAAGGCUACUGAGAAAACCGCAAGGAACCAUUGUAAAACUACUCAAAGUAGCCUUCCGACAUCUCCUAUUCAAAUCCUUACCAUACUCAGGUGCUUCCAAGACAAUCCAACCAGAUUUGGCUGUGCAGACAAGAAAAUGACCUUCAGUUUUGGUGUUCCCUGCCCUUGCUGCACUUAAUGCUGAAUGUUUCAGUUACUGGGCAGUCUGUGUUUUGAAAUGUAAAGGGCUUUACCUAACAUGACCAAAGAUGUAUUCAGCUUUGAAUGUUGUGAAUGGGUGUAUACUGAUUUCAUAAUGAUAACUAACAGCUAUAUAGUAGACUAUCCUGGACAAACAGCACAUGGCACCCUACUAGAGUAAGGCUCUGGGGGCUGCCACUUCCUGGGGGCCACAAUCUGUUGAGUGUGAUGCCACCAAGAUGCAGUUUUCAUUGUGCCCCCUAGUCUCAUUCUCCCCUCACUUUCACGCAGAUUUGCAGGUUAGAAGAAAAGGCUUGGCUUUUGACUUCCUCCCUUUCUUAAGGAGCGUCAGUAGAGUGAGUAUGGGUGUCUCUUCAAAAUGACAAAAUCUGUGGGGCAACUCUCAUGUAAAAACUAGUAUCAACUUUUUCUUUUUUCUUUUUUUUUUUUUUUGGUUUUUCGAGACAGGGUUUCUCUGUAUUGUUUUGGAGGCUAUCGGUCCAUCCCAGCCUCGAACUCACAGAGAUCCGCCUGCCUCUGCCUCCCGAGUGCUGGGAUUAAAGGCAUGCGCCACCACCGCCCGGCUCAACUUUUUCUUGGAGUCUCUGUGCUUACACAAGUUAUGUCCCUAUAUAAGCACGUGCUGGGCCAUAAUGAUAAAUGCCAAAUUGCUAAAUACGCGUUUUUGCUUGUAUUCAAUAAGUUCAAUUUUCCAGGAAAACAUGUUCAGUGAGAUCUUAAAUUGUACAUUCAGGUUGAUAAGGGAUUUGAGUUAAUUGCUAGGGACUACAGAGAUGUAUUUGAAAGUCUCUUUAGAGGUAGUCAGCUUAAACUAGUUAGUGAAAUGAAGCAGUGCAAAGAACUGACUUGGCACAGUCUGUCUCUCUCUCUCUCUCUCUCUCCUCUCUCUCUCUCUCUCUCUCUCUGUAUCUUGUAGCUUUCUUAGAGAUAAGUAUCACUACCAUGUUACAGAAUGUCACAUUUUACUCUCUGAGCACGGAUUCCUUUUCUUCAGGGUAAAACAGGCCCACAAAUCUUUUAAGUUUUAAAGAUCAACGGAAUAGAAUAUUUUCCAACAGCUUGUUUACAAAUAAACAAACCUAAGUUAAUAUGAGUUCUAGUCCAUAUCCCACUUUCAUUUGAAUAGGCAUUUUUUUCACAGAAGCGCCAAUGUGUUUGAUUCAGAAUUGAAGAUGGGAUACUUAAUACACACCAUGUACCCACAUUACCUUCCAAAAUUCAGUAAAGUCUUGACUAUCAAACGUAUCUGAUAUAACUCAAAUAUUUGAGAAAGUGAUGAUGGACCUUUACAAGUUCACAAACGAUGCAAAUUUAGUCCAGAGACAAUUUCCUAAGCAAUGUCCAUGUCCUUAGUAUUGCAAAUAAUUAUUCUAAUAUUUUUCCUACUUAGCCAUUUUUAUCAAGAUGCAUUUCCAGAGUUACUUUGAAAUGCUUGAUUUCAUAUGUCCACUAGAUGGCAUCUUCGUAAAAGUGGGAGCACGCCAAAAGAAGUAACUUACAAAUGAAUGCAGAGAUGACUGAAGGUCGAGGAGUCAUUUGGAACAACAAAACCUAACCAAGUGCACAGAUUUGGGAUGAAAAGUAAAAUCAAAAGCUUUAGCAUGGCACUAUUUUCAUUUUGUAAUUAAUUUAUAGUAUUGAUAGUAUUUUCCUAUCACUAUUUUCAUUCAGGGAACAUUGACACCUUCAUGUGUUUGUGAGAGAGAAAAUGCAUGUUAGCUACUCAAGCUACAUAGACCACGUGAGAAAAGUACACUCUAAGAAAGGCUGUUUUAAAGUUGAGCAUAUAGCAUCACGUAUAUAGUACAUUACUAAUACGUUAUUGAGAAGGAUAGCGGAUAUCGGUGGAAAGAGCACCAACCUUCCUGCUGCGUGUUGUCUGCCCUACUUCCGACCUCUAUUCCUAACCGUAGUGUUUUCAUACUGCCCCUAAGAGGAGGAUAAUGGAUGCUAACCCUUUGAAGUGGAGGGGUGGGAAGGUGAAUGGUAGUGGAGAGAGUGGAAUUGUAGCAACAAGGUAUAAAGAAAUGAAGAGACAAUGACUAGUGUGGAUGAGGGAAUGGGCUGUAUAACAAGUUAUUAGUUAAACACAGUAGUACAUAUUGUUGUAAUUUAGAAAAGUGACGCCUGAGAGAAAGAUGCCACGCAACAGAGCUUGGGCAGAGGGUUUUUUUUUUUUAAAUUGGGGAAAGUGAAUGGGAAAAGGGGACAGGGAGAGGGGAGACUAGCCUCUGGGAACCUGAGCAGCAGAAGAGAAGAGCGGGAGAGAGAAGAGACAGCAGAGAAACAGAGAGGAAGAUGGGAGGUGGGCGGAGCCCUUUAAAAAGGUAGCAGAGUGAGUGUGCACAGGUAGCACUAUGAGUGUGCUCAUAGUGUCUGCAGCUGAGGGCGUAUCCUGCCAGAAACCCAAGGACAGGUCAGUAUAGAUGCCCGAAUACUAACAAUAAUAGGGGUCUAGAUUAUGGGCUGGGUCUAAUCCCGGCUCUCUCAUUAAAUCUUGGUGUGUUUCAUUUUUCCCAAUAGUACAAUAGUCCUUCAAUAGAAUCAUUGCAUUGACUAUUCAAAAUACAGAUACAGCGCUUAAUGACAAUACUUACUAAACGUUAGCUGCUGCUGUUAUGAGAUAACCACAUGAAAUUGGUGCAGUGAACAUUUUUCUCUAAAAUUGUGAUUCUAAAACUUUAAAGAAUUUGAGGACAGAAAAGCAAAGCUUCUCCUGACUUAUAAAGAGGAGUAGUUAAUAGUUCUCCUGUUCUCUCUGGCUGCCAGGAAGCUGCCGCAAGAGUUGAAAUUGGACAACAGAAAGUAGACGCUCACUGUUGUAAACUUGUGUUCUUUUAUCAUCCCUGUCUCUCAGUGUUCAUAUUUGCAUUUUUAAAGAAAAUAACCUGUGAGUUUAGACUGCUACAGACUACAUUUUCAAAGUGUAAGAGCUCCGGGAGGAGAGAGGUUAGCUUCGAAUCACGCCAAGGUCUAGGUUCCUGGCAUCUAACAAGCUCCACUUUUGUCUUCUCGGCUUUUGCUCUUGCAACUGCGCGGGGGCGGUGCCCUGGAGGAGGAAGCUGCUAGUUGCUAGGAUACGGCCAACAACAAACUAUCUAAGCAGGAAGGGGCUGCUUCCGAGGACUGUGGAGAAACCUCUUGGUCUGUAAUAGCUGUGUUUCUUGAGCAGCCCUGCUUUUUACUUAUUUGGCAUGGAAGACAAUUGAAGUGUUCUUCGCUAGAAUGGAAUAUAACGUGGCUUCCUUAGCUCUACAAUGAAGAUACUACACAAUUACUGAGAAAAGUAAGGAAAAUGUCCGACCCAGAGGAGCAUGUUGACCCUCAGAAGAAAGCCGACUCCACAGCUGACAGCGAAGCGACUACCGAUGUCAUCAGUAUCCCUCUGCCUUCAGAAGAAGCAGAGGAGUCGGAUGUUGCUGGCGAGCAAGAAUCUGAAGUAGAGGAGUUCACCACCGAGAGCGAGGAAACGACAGAGGGGCGGAGUGAACGCAGCAUUUCCACUGCAAAGUCGUAUGAUGCCAGGCACAGGGACGAGUCUCAGGAAGAAAAGCAAAAGCAGGCAGAGUAUCGGAGACCGGAAGAUGACCCUAUGUUAUUUCUGAGUCAAACAAAAGCCAUAAAGGAGACUCUGCAGAGGUCAAUAAAAGAAUCUUCAGCAACAGUAAAAGUUGUACUUAUUCCUGUAGGCCAGGAAAUCAUAAUGCCUUUUAGAGUUGAUGCUCCGUUUAGAUUCCUCAAGGAGCACUUUGCAUACCUAUUACGUGUCCCGCAUUAUGUACUGCAAAUAACACAUACAGGAAUAAUUGUUGGGAAUAAUGAGUCUCUAGUACAAUAUGGAGUUAAACCACAGGAAAUUGUCCAGGUGGAGAUAUUUUCCACACAUCCUGAUCAAUACCCAAUCAGAAGAAUAGAAGGCUUGAGUGAGGGCUCCCAUAUCAUAACCGUCACCAUACAGACUGGCACGGAGUGCUACGAGGAGGUGGCUGUUGAGAUAGUAAAAUCUGACUUCCACAAGCCAUUUCUCGGUGGAUUUAGACAUAAAAUAACAGGAGUAGAAUAUCACAACGCCGGAACACAAACCGUACCGAGAAAGAUUCCUCAUAAACCCAAUUUGUUUUGUAGGGACACUCAGACAGUUUUUGAGAGGAAAAAGAUGCAACAAACUAUAAACACAACAUCCACUCAGAUGAAUAAAAUUGGUGUGUAUGUAUCAAACAUGACUGAUAAAUUGCUCAAGCCAGGAAAGUACUUUACAGCAGCAGAGUUCCAUGCUCAAAGGUUGAAUGCGGUGAUUGUGAUACAGACUCGAUACAGGCAAUGGCAUGCUAAGCGCUAUGUGGAGAGCUUAAGACAACAGAAGAAAAGGAGGCUGGAGUGGGAGGAAGAGCAAGAGCUCAAGAAGAUCAGAGAAAAGGAAGAAUGGAUUCAAAUGGACUACUACCGGAGGCACAACCCUAAGACGAGUGAAGACUUUGAGCUCCUUUACAAUGCUCUGGAGCUUUGGCGGCAAGAAGAAGUUGCACAAAUUAACCAAUAUUUAGCUAAAGCUGAAAGGAAGGCUGCUCUAUGCGAACUUUUGGAAAAAGAGAUACAGAUAAUUUCUUCCAUCGGGAGACAGAGAUACGUUGCUCGAAUGGAGAGGCAGGAAGCUGCUAUACAAUGUUUUCUGGAUAAGUGUUCAGCUCCAAAGGUCUGGAGGAGACCUGAUGGCAAUACCAUUGAAAUGGACACACAGUUCACUAUAAGAGCCAGAGAAUUGCAGAGCAUCUACAGCUGUAUCAUGUUGAAAGACCUUUCUCAGGACGAGAGGCUGGAUAUACUCCUGACACUGAAGCACACUGUGAAGGAACAUGAAUGUAAACUGACCCAAGAAAUCCUAGAAUUGAUUGACAGAGAAGUUGACCUUAUGAUGAGAGGAGUCAAACCUCACAAUCUUGAAGGACUCAGAAAAAGGAUUACGACACUCUUUUUUCACUACAUCAAAACGCCUCUGUUUAAUCCCGAAGUUGCAAGAUACCUUAAGGUCCCUCAAGACCCACUGAAGUUUUAUGAUAAGAUUUAUUUUUGCCACAGUUGCCAGUUGUAUUUGCCGUCUGUGGAAUUUUCUGUGUCACCCACCUCACGCCGUGUGUACCGCUGCCGUCACUGUGUGCACCUUGAGAAUGAGACUGAAAAACGGGAAUCGUUUUUGAAGUACAAGUGUUUACUUCAGCGGCUCUAUUACUCAGAAGUUGAGUAUGGGGAUGACUCUCAGAUUGCUUUCCUCAUGCAGCUCCAAGAUAUUAAGUACUUGACAGAGAACAUCUGGGCCUCCCAGUCCAUCCUCAGUGCCUGGGAUGAUCUCAAUGACCUGGUCAUGGUCAGGUGGGAUAAGAAGAUGGAGUGGUCUCCCUGGAAUUGCAUUCUUCUCACCAAGGAUGAAGCGGUAGCUCAUCUCAAGCUACAGAGUAUUGAGCAGGGGUACGAACGCCUUUUUAUUCACAAGAUCAAGCACAAACAUAUCCUGGCUAAAAACUAUUUUUCACAGAUUCCAAUGCUGGCUUCACUUAUACUUGAAGAUGGUGACAUAGAAGAGAUUAGACGUAAACACUGCACAGACAAGCCACCUAAAGUUAUAGAAGCCCGUGAGACUCUCUCUUAGGGGGCUUAGGAGUACCAUUCUGAUGAUGAGCAUGUUUUUUCUCUACUAAGAGAGUAAAACAAAAGUCACGGAAUAUGGAAACAGCUUUUAUAUUUCCAUUGGUAUUUGUUUUAUUCAUAAUAUUUUAAAUUAUAUGAACAGAAAAAAUCUGUAUACAUGAACCAUUGUUGUGUGGUUAGUACUAAAUUAAUCUGUAAUUUUUGUUUCUAGGAUUAAUAAUUAAAGAGAACGUUUUUAUCUAUUUUCAUGUGAAGUUAAAAAAAAACCUAAAUGCUUUUUAGUCAAAAUACAACAGCCAAACAAAAUCUUGUCUUAACUUUCAAAGAAAAUAAUUUAUUUAACAUACUUUAUGAGUAUAAUUAUUCCAUAUACAUACCUGUAUUUUCAUAUAAGUGCUUGGAUUUUUUACUUUUAUUGUCUUUUACCUUUUAAUCACAUAAUCCAAGAAAAGAAACUGUAAACAAACAAAUCUGCCUUGCAUACCAUGAAAAAAAAACAGUGGAAAUGUUAUUUAUGGAGGAGACUCCCUGUUGGGAAAUGUUGAGAUUCUAUAAGUAGUAUGAACUUGAUCAAAUCAACUGCCAGUCUACUUCUCAAUAAACUCAACAAUAACCCUGA